UUGAGAAAAUUUGAAAAUGGUUUCAUAUUUCGUACCGCGCGCCCGCUUUCUGCUUAAGGCUGGCAACCUGCGCAAGACCAUCCAGGAUCAGCAGCAACAGCUGCAGCCGAAGCAUACUCAAAGAAAUGGCAAUUUGCCCCUCGUGCGACACUUUCGACAAUUGCCCAAAAAUGAUACAAGCAAGCUGGCAAACAAGCAGGGUCAACAACCUAUCGGCAAACAGCAGACCCAGCUGCAGGUGCGUCGCAAUGCCAUUUCACGCUGGACCGGCUUCUUGUUGCGCUGGGCACCCAUGGGUCUGUGCGUUUUUGGUGCCAUCGAAUGGCAGUUGCAUAAAUUUCGUUCCAUUCGGGAUGGUGCACCACGCACCGCCUCCGAGUUCCAGUCGCGCGUUUACUGCUCGCUGCCGUUGCGCAUCAUGAGUCGCUGCUGGGGCUGGCUGGCUGCUUGCUACAUGCCCAAUCCGUUGCGUCCGUAUGUCUACGGCUGGUACUCGAGCAUGUUUAAGGUUAACAUCGAGGAGGCUUUGUAUUCGGAUUUUAAUCACUACAGCAGUAUGGCUGAGUUUUUUACACGUCCCCUGAAGGAGGGCGUGCGGGUUAUUAAUGGUAAAUCGCCACUGGUUUCACCUGCCGAUGGCAAAGUGCUGCAUUUCGGCAGCGCCAGCGACUCCCUGAUCGAACAGGUGAAGGGCGUCAGUUAUAGCAUCGAGGAUUUCUUGGGACCGCUGCAGACGGUGGAGCAAUCGAGAGAGGCGAUGAGCUAUGCACAGGCCCUCAAGCAAAAGCGCGAUGGCUCCACAGAGCUGUAUCAGUGCGUCAUAUAUUUGGCGCCGGGCGAUUAUCAUCGCUUUCAUUCACCCACCGCCUGGGAGCCGACAGUGCGACGACAUUUCUCCGGUGAGCUGCUGUCGGUGAGUCCCAAGGUGGCCGGCUGGCUGCCGGGACUGUUCUGUCUGAAUGAGCGUGUGCUCUACAUGGGGCACUGGAAUCAUGGAUUCUUUAGCUACACAGCGGUGGGUGCCACCAAUGUGGGCUCUGUGGAGAUCUAUAUGGACUCCGAGCUAAAAACAAAUCGUUGGAACGGUUUCAAGGUCGGCGCCCAUCCACCGAGCACCUACGAAUACGACGAGCUGCUGUUAAAUGCCAAACAGCACGGGAAGCAAUCCCUGCAAAAGUUUGAAAAGGGUGAUCUAGUUGGCCAGUUCAACAUGGGCAGCACCAUUGUCCUGCUGUUUGAGGCGCCAAAGAACUUUCAGUUCGACAUUGUCGCUGGACAAACAAUAAAAGUGGGCGAAUCCCUGGGACACAUUGCUGCGAAUCGCAAUUAAUGAUGAAUUUCCUGAAGAGGCCAUAACUGUAUAUGACUAAAAGUCUAUAUUAGUAGACUUAUCCUAAUCGAUGCGAAUGGUUCGUGUAUUGUAUUCGAUCAUAAGCUAUCUUUUACACACAUAUUAUUUGUAUAAGCUAUAGAAGAUUUAGCCUUAUGUACCUAUUUGUAUUUAGUUGCCAAAUGAUUUAGUUGUAUUUGCGAUUUCAUUAGUAGUAAGAACCAUAAAUGUUUACAUAUUUUUUGAUUAAUAAAAAAGCAGACAAAAAAAAACAACUAAAUAAACCUGAUAAAUAUGUCUGGAAAAUGUU